AGCAAAAAAACCGUAACAAUACCUUGCCGUAAUUGUGUGUCUCCUUUUUCUCGAAAAAAUAGUAAUUCCUAUUCCAGAGGGUGUACCGAUGUGGCAUGCUGUUUUCUUUUCCUCGUUUUCACUGCCGGAUGGGGAGUGGUGGCAACAAUUGGCUUUCUCUGGGGGGACGGAGAACGACUCAUAUUGCCCACGGACUCGGCCGGGCAACGCUGCGGGGGGUUCAAAGCGAAUUCCUACAACCUUACAGAUCGCCCAUAUUUGUACUAUUUUGAUAUAACAAAGUGUAUAUCAUACUCAACAGCUCUAGGAGGAUGCCAAACACCUCAGGUGAGUACAAUGACUGUACUUCUCCUAUCUUCAAUUACAAACGUCGAUAAGAAUGCAAUUACUUCAUUUGCCAUUCUGCGAAAUUACAUUCAACAACAAAAAUGCGCAUCUUACACUGUGAAGUCGGCUCCAGUGCUCGGACGAUGUGUACCGGAAAUUCUCAUUGGAGCUGGAGACGCUAUAAAUAAUCUUCAAAAAGGAAAUGCUUCACUUGACACUUUGAAAAACAUGUUUGGAGAUGACGGAACCAUACCACCUGAUAAACUGGUGAACGACAGCGAAAAAUACAUCGGAGAAGUCGUCAACUCUGAAGGUGUGAUUACAAAAAUAGUUCAUGAUCUCUCGAAAUCGUGGUGGCAGGUACUAAAAAACUUGCAGAUUUUGAUAUGGACCUCGAUUCUAUGUAUAAUUGGAGUCCUUGGAGCAGGUUGUGGAUACAGUUGGUUCAAGUGGUCGAAUUUGGUCAAAGCCGGAGCGGUCGACGACUACUCGUUCCAGCCCAUAUUCAGUGUUUACUUUGAAAUGCCCACUACAUGGCUAGCUGUUGCUAUCAUAGUCAGCGUCGCUCUACUCAUUGUGCUCCUUGUUCUACUAUUUGUUCGCAAAAGAAUCUCUAUUGCUGUAGCUCUGAUCGAAGAAUCCAUGGCUACUGUCCUAUGCUUGCAGAAACCAGUAAUCGCACUAUGGGGCACAAUAGCAAUAUGGUUGGCUUCAUCGGGAGUUGAAACAUGCCAACGGAAUGAUGGGCAAAACACAACUUGUGAUUGUUCCACAAGAACACAGGAGAAGACGAUAUUCUGGUUGCAGGUCUAUAAUCUGUUUGCAUUCUUCUGGAUGAUGUGCUUCGUCUCGGCACUCGGUGACAUCUCCCUUGCUGGUGCAUUUGCCAGCUAUUACUGGGCAAGGAACAAGCCAAAGGACGUGCCAUCAUUUCCGGUUUUACGAGCGCUCGGUCGAGCUCUUAGGUACAAUUUGGGUUCCCUGGCUUUUGGUUCCUUGAUAAUCGCUGUUAUAAAGCUCAUCCGUGUAUUACUGGAGUAUUUGGAUAAAAAACUUUCAACGACAAAUAGUACUUUACCGUUCAGGGCUCUCAAAUGUUGUUUCUGGUGCUUAGAAGUGUUCUUCAAGUUCCUUACGAAGAAUGCUUUCAUUAUGAUGGCGAUCUAUGGCAAGAACUUCUUCACAUCAGCUAAGGAGAGCUUCCUGCUUCUUGUAAGGAAUUGCGUACGGGCUGCUGUAGUGAAUCAAGUUGCUGGAAUACUACUUUUUAUCGGAAAAGCAUUGAUCACUCUCGGAAUGGGUGUCGUGGCAUUUUUCUAUUUCUCCGGUCAAUGGAUUGUUGACGGAAUACCUCGGGUCGAAUUGUACUACUAUUUUGUACCUAUUGUACUCGUUUUAAUAGGAAGCUACUUCGUGGCAGAUUUGUUCUUUGAUGUCUAUGAAAUGGCUGUCGACACAACAUUCAUUUGUUUCCUGGAAGAUUCUGAACAAAACGAUGGAACUCCUGAAAAACCGUACUACAUGUCCAAAAAUCUUCAGAAGAUACUCGAUAUAAAAAACGAAAAAUGA